AUGGGCACCAUGGAGAAGGAAACCGUUCAUUCCUCAAGACGGCCCAAGCUCCUCACCUACGAGGAGAUCCAAGAGUGGUCGCGAGACAACGAGUUCAUCCGUACCGGCUAUCGCCCAGAGAAGCCCGAAUACAAGGACAUCUUCCUCAGCCUAACCUACCUACACAACGAGACCUGCAAUGUAUACACCCACUUGAUCGGCGCGAUACUGGUAUGGCCUGUCGCAUACAUCUACAUGCAGAUUUUGGCUAAGCCAGAAUAUCACAACGUUUUACCGGCAGAUUAUGUCAUGUUCAUCAUCUUCUUCUUCUCUUGCGAGUUCUGUCUGCUCUCCAGCGCUGUCUACCACCUGAUGCAACCCCACUCGCAUAAAUUGGAGCAGUUGUGGCAUGUAAUGGAUCUGACUGGUAUUGCCGUCAUCAUCGCAGGUACAUUCGUUGCGGCUAUAUACUACUUCUUCAUUUGUCAACCCGCCUUCCAGAUCUUACACUGGGUUAUUACCAUUGUCUCAGGCUCGGCCUGCGUCGCUUUGAUCUCGAUACCAAAGUUCAGGACACUGCGCUGGCGCAUUCUAAGAGUGGUGGCCUUCUUCCUCUUCGGACUAUCAGCUUUCGUUCCCUUGCUGCAUGGAGUCGGCCUACAUGGGUCCAGGUACAUGUUUGAUUACAUGGGUAUGAAGUGGUACCUGAUCGAGCUUUCCUUGUAUGCAGCUGGCACUCUCAUCUUCGCGACCCGGCCGCCCGAACGGUUCGCUCCGGGCAAGUUCGACUUGUUUGGCUCCUCGCAUCAGAUAUUUCAUCUCCUCAUCUUGGCCGCCAUGUGGGUCAACUGUCUGGCUCUUACGCAGAGUUUUAGAUCAGUCCAUACGUUGGAUUUAUGUCACCGCUAG